UCAAUUAAGUGUGUAUCAAUUUAUAACAGGUUACCGCGUUUAGGGUACAUGAUGACUUCUGUUCAGGGUAUAUAUAUAGCAAGAUAGUAUCUUUAACGGGUCACUUUGCUAUCGGAACAGGAGUGUUGCAUUUCGGCUACAGGACCUGUUCUUUAAAGGAUAAUUACCAACAAGCAUGCGGUCGGUUAGUAUAUGUGCGUGUGUAUGUCUACACAUUGCUGUCAGCUAUGCCGCUUCACUGCCGGAAGCCCUUCACUACAUUGGCGUCGGAUAUAACAUGCUAAGAGGAAAUCCCGACGGUGACUUUUGGGCAUCUGGCGGAGAUGACCCAGGCUUGUUGAGUACCAGGAAGAUUCUGUCCCUGUCAAGUUAUGACCAAGUCCCAGCCGAACUUGUGUACGAGCACCAUGAUCAAUGCAGAAAUGCGCACGAAUUCUCAUUCUUCAGCGAUCAAAAAUCAUACCAGAACAAACUCCUUGAAAGAGUACAGUCAUCAGGCACUAACAAUGAUGUUCUCCUUGAUAAGGCAUUUACCAUGAGUAACGGAUAUAAAGCAAUUGAUCAACAAACACGCCGAGACUUUUACGUCUUCCAAGAUGACCAGAAUACAUGCACAUCCGGAAGUGCUCGUUACAAGCUUGGACUCGCACAGGGCAACCAUUACAAACUCUCCGACGAGUUCGCCGCUGCCGUAUGCAAACUCCCUAUCACAUAUGAUCAAGCCAUCUUCAAGCAAUUCUUAGAUACAUGGGGCACUCAUGUCACAACAGCAGUUGAGACCGGAAGCAAGACAGUCAAUCGUUACAUGUGCCCACUCAAGGACUUUGUAGAACAAGUUAUGAACACCUCUUCGAGAGACGUCACUUUGGGCGGAGCUUGGAUGAACCACGCUUCUUCAUUGGUCGUUGAUAUUAACGCCUACCGAUACAGACAACAAUACAGAAAUACAUGUGGAUCUAUUCAAGAUACUCUUUCUCUUGGAAGUGAGCAGUUCCCUGAACCAAUUGGUUAUUCAAUGGUCGUAAUCUCUGAUAUGCUUGACUCUGCUCAAUGGCAGAACAUGGAUGACUACAAGCAGAGAGGUCUUUGUCCACCAAGUGAGGAGGCUGCGUUGACAUACCAAAGAAAGAACCUUGAAAAAGCUAUAACUGAAUACCCAGGCCUCCUAGGUGCUAAAUCCCCUAUCUCAAACCCAGUAGCCAUUCCAGUAACCUGGCCAAUGGGAACUUACUCCCUGCCUAAGCCAAAGAACGGAUGCCCAGCCGGAGACUUCACAUGGUAUGAGGGAUGGAGAAUGCAGGACACAGAAACCCAAUCACCAGAUAACGCCUGGUCCAUCAACAACCACUUCGCAGGAAAACUUGAAGUAGGCGCAUUCCAGUUGGAAUACUGCACAAAGGGAGAGAAAAGCCCAACAGACUUUGACAGACAUUGGCCAAAUGGAGAUUAUUGUAUCUUUAAAUAUGGCGAUUGUCCAGCUGACUUUGCUGAAGGAUACGUUAAAUGGGACGAUGAAGACAGUGUGAACAGAAAUGACUGGCAGGGACUUCUUCCAGACGGUGUUUAUGAUGAAGACACUCUACAGAGAUUCUGUUGCAGAUCCGAUGGCCUUCCAACUGAGCCAAUAAUUUUACCAACAGACAGACCUUUCUACUUAUUCCAAUACAAGAGAGACGUUUGUCAGAAGGUCGCAAACAUGAAGGUAUCCGAAGAAUGGCUUCGAUUCGAUGAUGAAGAUUUCAAAACUCCAAGCAACUCUGAACUCGGAGCUGUACAUCCCGGAAUGGAAUUCUGGAACGAGGCUACUGGCGCUAGUGGAAGCGAAGUGUACUACUGCUACUACGAACCACAAACAAAGAAAUAAAUCUCAAUUAUUUUAGGAUCUUAUCACAGUUAUUUCAUAUAGAACUUUUUACAAUCAUUUAUUUGUCAUUUACUGUAUGAGAAGCCAUAUUUACAAAACAAAAUGUUUCACCUUUACAGUGGGUUUGCAAGGUCACAUUUAAUAUAUGUAAUUAGCACAUACAAUCGUUGGACAAAUUCAUUUCGAUUUCAAAAAUAAAAGGUCAAUUAACUUAUUCUGUAUCUCUGUGUAUUUCAUGUAAGUAGUUUAAAAGUGUAGCCGUCUGUUCGAUAAGCAAUUUCGAUGGCGGAAGUGAAAGAGAUUUACAAGCAUCUAAGGAAGCGCGUGGAUCUCUUUGACUUCCGUUAACCGUAAUGUACGUGUAUGUCAUGUUUACACAUCGUCUUUUGUGUGUCUACCUUAGUUAUAUUUGUGAUUUACAAUAAAAAGGUUAAUACACACAA